GUAACAUACAAUAGCAUUGAAGUUAACCUCACAAUGGAACAUUUCAGACUGCCAAACGGAAACGGAACAUGCGGUCAUAAACGAAAUCGACAUUCUCCAUACUGACACUUUGCAAAGUAAAGAAAAUAUAGAAAUACCACCUGACACAAUGAAUAACUCCAACUCAUUGAAACUCAUCAAUGAAAACUCCAUGGUCCAAACAUUGGCCCUCAACGAGGUCAUCACCACAGAAACCGAAGAACAUCUCCUAGACAAGGAAAUUCUAGACAUUCUUGGCGAUGACCCCACGUGCACAGCGAUAUACGGACUAGAUAUUCACAAAGAACUGGCCAGCCGAUUGCAACAUGUUUCGACAUCUGGACUCACCAAGGAAACCAGGAAAGAAUUACAGCAGCGUUACCCUCUACCCGCAAAUGCUACACUUCUUGGCGGUCCGGCAAUAAAUCCCGAAAUAAAGGCAGCUCUGCCUGAAACAUUGGCCAACCGGGACAAGGCAAUAGAAACGAAACAAAAGCUUCUAGCCUCUGCCAUCUCUUGUAUAGCUUCGGCCAGUUCGCAAAUACUUGACUCUCAAGAUAAAAACACUGAGUUGCUUAAAAAGUUAAUGGACGCGAACAAAUUGCUUUGCGACAUACAGCAUUCUGAUUCCAUCACCAGAAGAAUGUUUAGUACUUCUGUACUUAAAUACAAAAAUCGAUAAAUUGUUAUUUGGAGAAAACUUACCGGAAAUUCUAAAAAAAUUUAAAAGCAGUAUCGAAAUCUGGCGUAGAAAGAAAAAACAAUCCUAAUAGGAGUAAAAAGCCACAGCCGUCGACAUCCAAGGCGAGUAAUUUAAACUCGAAAGCGCCGGCAGCUCAGUUCCGGAAACCGCCGCCGGCGACGACGCAGAAGACCCGACAGCCGCCUACUCAACAGAAUCAGCACGCCAGAUCAUACAAAACGCCAUCGAAGACCAGCCGCCAUCACCGAUAGAAGAGGUACGAUACGCGGGCCGCUUGUCUCAGUACUACAAACAGUGGUCUAGUAUUACUAGAGAUAAAACGAUCCUGUCAUGGAUACGC